UCCUCCAGAAGAAAAUGAUGUAAGACCAGCCAGCACGGCUGCCACUUCCAAUCGUGGUGUGCUCAGAGCUCAGGGAGGAACAUGGCAGCAGCUCAGGGAGCAGGAGGCAGUUCAGCCGGGCCAUCCGGACUUCCCGGUUCUGCCCCAGGGCACAGCCGCAACUCCACAGCAGUAGCGGUGUGGGAAUGGCAGGAUGAAUUUGGCAGAUGGAGGCCGUACCGAGGGAACGUCUGCAGCUACAUUGAACAGGUUUUUCAAGCCUCACAGCAGAAGGGCCGGCGUUCAGGGUCAGGAGUUGUCAGCAGCAUCGCUUUGGGACAUGCGGAUCCUGUCUUGGCCCCCUAUGUCAUCGACAUUCCAAGCUUGACGCAGUUCCGGCAGGAUACAGGGACGAUGCGGGCCGUCCGCAGGCACCUCUUCCCUGGGGACUCCGCUGCCGGGCAGGGCAUCAUCUGGGAGUGGCAGAACGACGAAGGUGGGUGGUCCCCCUACGAGAUGAACGUCUGCGUGUUCCUGGAGCAAGCCCGUGCCACGAACCAUCAGCGAGUAGAUCUCGGACCCCUGGGCUAUAACUACGAAGUUGACUUUGUGGCUCAAGUCCAGACCAACAAGACCACGAGGUUUCGCCGCAGCAUUCAGAGGCGCUUGGAUGCCCCGUACCCGGUGACGGCCUCCCCGGCACCCCUUCACGCCGGAGUGGGUUGUUCUUGCCAGCAGUGCUGGCUGAACAGCGGGACUGGUCCCAUCACCACACGUUAUCGCCACUCCAUGAUAAACUUUCCCAACUCUUCUGCUACUCAUCAGGUCUCUGGUAGGACAGCAUCAGUAAGUUCUUCCAGCGUCGGCUUUGUGCCCUAUAACAAACCGAGUUUGUCUGGAGCAAGGUCAACACCGAGACUCAAUGCACAGAGCACCUGGGCUUUGCCUCAAGCUGGAGGCCCCAGCACAGGACUGUCUGCAUCUAAUGGAGUCAGUGCCCCAAACCUGCCAGUCAAGAUGCCUAAACCCAGCAAGGUGAACCAGGCCCUGGCAGCAACACCAACCGAGCCAGAAGCAGUGGUGAGGAAGUACCUGGAAGAGCUGAAGGGCACUCCGGCCGAUGAGGACUGUAUCAUCUGCAUGGAGAAGCUGUCCUCCCCCUCAGGUUACGGCGACGCAUGUGAGUGCAGCACGAUCAAGCCAGAGACGGUUGGUCGUCUGACAAACUGCCAGCACUCCUUCCACAUGCUCUGCGUGCUGGCCAUGUACUCCAACGGGAACAAGGAUGGGAGCUUACAGUGCCCCUCUUGUAAAACCAUUUAUGGAGAGAAAACCGGUACUCAGCCCAAAGGGAGGAUGGAGGUCUCCACUUUCCCCCAGUCCCUCCCUGGCCACAAGGACUGUGGGACAAUCCAGAUUGUGUAUCACAUCAGCAGGGGCAUUCAGGGCCCUGAGCACCCCAACCCUGGGAUGCCGUACACAGCAAGAGGCUUUCCGCGCUAUUGUUAUCUGCCAGACAACGAGAAAGGCAGAAAGGUCCUGGAGCUCCUCAGGGUGGCUUGGAAGAGACGCCUGAUUUUCACAGUAGGCACCUCCAGCACCACCGGCGAGAGCAACACGGUGGUAUGGAAUGAGAUCCACCACAAGACGGAGAUGGACACAAACCUGAGUGGCCACGGCUACCCUGACCCCAACUACCUGGACAAUGUGCUAGCAGAGCUGGCCGCGCAGGGCGUCACCGAGGACUGCCUGAGACAAUGAGCUGGGGUGGGGGCCCGGCUGUGCCGUGCACGCCUCGGGGGGCCCGCCUAGUGCACUUAUUCCUGUUGCCUUAAGUUCCUGUGUCUGACCACCUGUCACACUGAGCAAUAACACUGUACCGCAGGAGCCCUG